AGGUCCUUUACACUGGUUUGGCGUAGGGCUGAGGUCAGGGUUUACGUUCGUGUCUCCUGUUUCGGAGCUUGUAAGAUAGUCGACUGCACUUGAACGUCGUGGGAGGCUGGAGAUUUUACACUGAAAGCAGAGGAACGUUUUAUUCUUGCCAAGACGAUCUCCUCUAUCGCUAACGCGUUCCCCCUACGGAACUUACUCAGAUCUAACAUAUUUCGAAGAAACAUGGCAUCGUUACCAGUUGGCAUCACUGUUGUGAAGGGAGACUUUAAAGCCCUUUCGCAACGCAUUCAAGACUUUGUUGCUGAGAGAGCAGCUCUUUGUAAGCCAGACAGCCUCCAUAUUUGUGAUGGUUCCGAUGAAGAAAACAGAAAACUUAUUUCGAACAUGGAAUUAGCUGGGAUGUUAACAAAGUUGACAAAAUACGAGAACUGUUAUAUUGCACGCACAAACCCAGCUGAUGUAGCAAGAGUUGAAUCAAAGACAGUUAUUUGUACUGAGAGUAGGAGGGAAACUGUCCCCAUAACCAAAGAUGGUGUUGUUGGAAGAGUUGGUCAAUGGGCCCGUCCUGAAGAAAUGAAAGCCAAGUUGAAUGUUUUGUUCGAUGGUUGCAUGAAAGGAAGAACAAUGUACCUGAUUCCAUUCAGUAUGGGACCUGUUGGUUCACCACUAUCUAAAAUUGGUAUCCAGUUAACUGACUCUCCUUAUGUUGUAUGCUGCAUGAAAAUUAUGACCAGGAUGGGUACAAAUGUUCUUCAGACAUUGAAGAAUGACCCAUUUGUUAGAUGUUUACAUUCAGUUGGACGACCAUUGCCAGCAGAGCCAGAUCCAUACAACUGGCCAUGCAAUCCAGAGAAAACUAUCAUCACUCACUUCCCUCAUGAGAAACAGAUAAUCUCAUUUGGCAGUGGAUAUGGAGGUAAUUCUCUUCUUGGAAAGAAGUGCUUUGCCCUUCGAAUUGCUUCAACACUUGCCAGAGAUGAAGGAUGGCUAGCAGAACACAUGUUGAUCAUGGGUAUAACAAAUCCAAAAGGAGAGAAAAAAUACGUAACUGCUGCUUUCCCAAGUGCAUGUGGCAAAACAAAUCUUGCUAUGAUGACGCCAACUAUUCCAGGAUGGAAAAUUGAAUGUGUUGGUGAUGAUAUUGCCUGGAUGAAGUUCGAUGAAGAAGGUAACCUUAGAGCAAUUAAUCCAGAAGCUGGGUUUUUUGGUGUCUCACCGGGUACUUCACACAAGACAAACCCUAUGGCUAUGGAGUCUUUGAAGAAGGAUUCAGUAUUCACAAAUGUGGCACAGACAAGUGAUGGUGGCUUUUUCUGGGAAGGACUGGAAGACGAGGUUGAUAUCAGCAAAGUUGAAGUAACUUCUUGGCUUAGAGAAAGAAACUGGAAGCCUGGUGGUGCAACUAAGGCAGCACAUCCAAACUCAAGAUUCUGUGCCCCAAGCAAGAACUGCCCAAUAAUAGACCCUGAAUGGGAAAGCCCCAAAGGAGUGCCAAUAUCUGCUAUAAUAUUUGGUGGAAGAAGGCCUGAAGGUGUUCCAUUGGUUUAUGAGUCGUUUGACUGGAACCAUGGAGUGUUUGUUGCAUCAUCUCUCUGCUCAGAAGCCACUGCAGCUGCUGAACAUAAGGAAAAAGUUGUUAUGCGUGAUCCAUUUGCAAUGAGGCCAUUCUUUGGCUACAAUGCAGGACAUUACUUCCAGCAUUGGCUAAAUAUCGGAAAGAGACCAGGAGCUAAGCUUCCUAAGAUCUACCAUGUUAACUGGUUUAGAAAGGGAGACGAUGGUCAGUUCAUGUGGCCAGGAUUUGGUGAAAAUGGCCGUGUUCUUGAGUGGAUCUUCAACCGUGUAAACAAUGAAGAUGUUGCUCAGAUGUCACCAGUUGGCCGUAUUCCAAAGCCAGGAACUAUCAAUAUUGAUGGUCUUGGCAAAAUUGAUAUGGAAGGGUUGAUGACUAUUCCUAAGAAGUACUGGCAGGAAGAGUUAGGAAGACUGAAGACAUACUAUGAGGAACAGUUUAAUGAGGACUUACCAGCAGAAAUCUGGAACCAGUUCAAUGCACUCAAAGAACGCAUUGAAAGUAUCCCACAGUAAAAGACAGUUGAUUUUGAUAACAUGAGACUUUGAAAUGAGACUUUGCUGUUGGUAUGCUUUGGUAGCGUUUUAUGUAACAAAAUAUUAUAAAGUGCUGGAAUCUUGACACGGUUUUGGAUAAUUCCAGGUGGCCCUAGAUCAUGAAAAAACAUAAAAACUGGUUAUGCCAAAAACUAUAUGUUUACUUUUUAACCGCUUGAUCAACCUGAAUUGCAGAAACAAUUCUUUGUCAAGACAGUAUUUUAUAGAAAUGCUUUUGGUAAUAAAAUUAUUUGCUGAGGGUCGGUGUGUAAAGUCUUUGCUGUAUUAACUUAACAUAUAGGCUAGCAGAGAAUUGAUGUACUUCAGCGAAGGCUUUGCAUAUUUGUUAUCCAGUGUUUGCAAAGGAUUUGUGUUAAUUUAAUUUUCAAAGGAUAUUGAAUCUGUAUGUACACAUUCACACUACCUGCCCAGAAAUGAAAGCCAUACAUGGUUUUUAUAAAUUACCUCCAAUUUUAGUUAUUAUAUAUUUCAUACAUUAAUUAGAUGCAACACCACAAUUCAAUGUCAUUAAUUAUCAGUUUGUGCAUCA